AUGGUGAAGAGAGAAGAAGGGAUACCUCCAGUGAAAUCAUUGUGACUUGCAUCCAAAAAUCCCAAGUUUGAUAGUGAAGUGAUAUUAGGAGGAAGCGCGCCACUGAACUGAUUGUUGGAGAGUAAUAAACCUGACAACCCUGUCAAAUUCAGAAGUACAAUUGGAAAAUUUCCACUGAGCUUAUUGCCAUCAACAAAUAAUGUGGUCAGCUUGUUUAGAUUUCCAAUAGAAGAUGGGAUUUCACCAACGAGAUUGUUUCCCAAAAGGCCGAGAAAGGUCCAGAGAGGUGAGUUGAAAAAGGUUUCCAAUCCAAUAUAG